GAACGAGAACCGAGUUGACCGCCGAAUAAUGUCCGACGAGUAAAGUCGUUUCCUUCGUCUGUCACCGCACCCAGAUGCGAUGACUGAUGCCUUUUGUUACAGGAAGUGGUAAUUAAUAUGCAUAGAAUUUAUUCAAACGGAUUAACAAUGAAUUUAACUCGGUUACGCUUACAAAAACGGAAUCUUACAGUUACUAUAUGAUCCAAAGCAUCGUUUUUGUUCAGUGGACUCUUUGUAUAUAUCGUUGUUGAUAGUUAAAUAAACAUGGAUGAAGGAACUUUAAACGAUUUAUUGGAGUGUUCAGUGUGCCUGGAACGACUAGAUACAUCCAGCAAAGUACUUCCAUGUCAACAUACUUUCUGUAAAAAGUGUUUGGAGGAAAUUGUGCAAACCCACAAAGAAUUACGAUGUCCGGAAUGUCGGGUUCUAGUUUUGGUCAAAGUUGAUGAAUUGCCCCCCAAUGUGUUGCUCAUGCGAAUAUUAGAAGGGAUUAAGAAUGCAGGUAAUUUUUUGCCCAAGAAGAUUAACAGGCCUGCCAGGGCUCCGAAUCUAUUGCCUACAGCUGUUGCUCAUACUACUCCUCUGCAUACCCCACACAGUACUCCGGAUCACAGGAUCAAUUCUAAUAAGCAGCAAUUGUUGCCCCAUCAGCCGUACGCUAAGGCAAUGUAUGAUUAUACAUCUAAGGAAACAGGGGAUCUGAACUUCAAACGAGGCGAUGUCAUUAUUUUGAAAAAACGUAUCGACACCAAUUGGUAUCAAGGAGAAUGUGGAGGAAAACAGGGGGUUUUCCCAUUGAGCUAUGUUCAGAUAAUAACCCCUGUUCCCAGUCAUAUACCACAAUGCAAAGCAUUAUACGAUUUUCGUAUGGCAAACGACGAAGAAGAAGGAUGCUUGUCAUUUAAUAAAGGAGAUAUCAUCAGUGUCAUUAGGAGAGUCGAUGAAAAUUGGGCAGAAGGAAAAUUAAAUGGUAGAAUUGGCAUAUUUCCUUUAGCGUUUGUCGAACUGAACAAUUUAGCUAGAUCUUUAAUGAAAUUAUCCACAAAUGCUCAACCGGGCCCUUCACGAGUGGCGCCCCCUACACCAACAUCUGAAGACACGUCGCCUCUGAUACCAACGGAUCACACCCGCAACGUCAUACCUCAGCAGGUGCAACAGCAGCCUCCUGUGCCGAUGGCGCGUGCUCCUGUACCAAAUCAACAACACGCUCCGCUCGCUGCCUCCGACUCGAGUUCUACUUUAAGUUCGGGCACUUCGGGAGGCACGUCUAACAUAUCUUCUGCUAAUGCCUCUUCUGGAAAUACUUCAUCGAGCUCGAGUAGUCCUUCUCCGUCGUCUCCCGCUUCCCCUCCGCCUCCAAAAGGACAGCAGACACUACCACCUAAAAAUACCAUGAGCAGACCGGAUCUCCUCAACACAGGCAAACUAACUACUCCACAACGCUCUCCCCAGAAUCAACCUCGCCCUGUAGACCCACACGUUACCUCUCACCAUCCACACCAACAUUCAAAGGAGAAACGGCAUAGUUUUACCGGCCUCGGCACUACACACCACCCGAAUCCUCUAACACCCAAUCAAAAUCGACUUUCGGCUGAGAUUGUACAAGGCAGCGACAGCCAAAUGGCUAUUUCAAAUGAUAGAAGGGGGCGUGCCGGGCAUCUUUCGGAAAUGCAACUACCUGCUACCUACGUGGCUUUGUAUCCUUAUAAGCCGCAGAAAGCUGAUGAAUUGGAAUUGAAAAAAGGUGGAAUUUAUAUGGUGACUGAAAUCUGUCACGAUGGUUGGUAUAAAGGAACAUCUAACCGUACUCAGAAAUGCGGCGUCUUCCCAGGUAACUACGUAACCCCAGCACGAGGAGUACCCAACCCUCAAGGUGCCAAGGAUUCCGCGGAAUCUAAACUACCCGUAAGUUUUACUCGGAGCGGAAAAAACUCAUCCGCUUCAGCACAGCAUGCCGCUUCCACUAAUCCACCCGAAUUGCCGGCAAGGGCGACGAGCCCCUCGUCGAACGCUUUUUCCAGCAGUUGGCAUGGGGGGCAACAGGACGCGCAGGCCGUGCCUUUGGGCAGAAGCAGCAGUGCCAUUAUGACAGGAGGAAAUAAUGCUGUCAAUAAAACUGAUAAGUCAAAGGAACGUAAAGAAAAGGGGACCGUAAGCUUAAUGAAACGACUAACCAGUAUGAAAAGAUCGAAAUCACCACCUCCAUCAUCGUAUUCAAUGGACAAUCCCGUCUUUGAGGACACCAGUAUGCAAGCCGCUAAACAUUCUGCCACGCCUGUUCAUGUCAGGUCAGGAUCAUGUCCAAGUCAGCUGCUUCAGAUCCAACCGAACGAUCAUCACCGUAUUUUCGGAUCUACUUCGCAACGCCAUAAGCAUAAAGAACGCCCUACCAUUCUUACUCACAGCCCCAGCAUCACGACCAGAAACAACGAAAACCCGGCAGGAAGCUCUGGUUCUAGCCCCGACGUCCAGCGCCAUCGCAAAUCAAAUUCGUUAGAUGCAGGCAACAAAAGCAAGACCGUGGUCCAAACUGUGAGAGAAAGGUUCAGAUGUAUAGCCCCGUAUCCACCGAACAGCGAAUACGAGCUGGAACUUCAAGUCAAUGAUAUAAUCUACGUUCACAAAAAGAGAGAGGACGGUUGGUAUAAGGGCACGCAGCAGAGAACUGGAAAAACAGGGUUGUUUCCUGCUAGUUUUGUAGAAAGUUAUUAGUUGUAGGAUAGGUAAAAACAACGUAUUAUCAGUCUACUAAAAAGUUAUUUUUAAAUUAAAUUCCGAGUGCAAGAAGAAUAUCAUUGAAUUAGUUCUUUUUAAAAUGUUAUUCGUUUAUGUUCGUAAUUAUUCAUAAACUACUAAUGAAUUCGCCCGUUGCUAUGUCACUCUACUCUUUUAUUUUUUACUUUAUGGUACUUCAUGGUGAAUUUUCCAUCCUUUGGCCACUCUGCGAUGAAGUGCUUGGCUGCACAAAAUUUGCACCGAACGUCCAUUGCUAUCCACAAGAAUGCUCAGUGACUGCGUCUUCAUAAUCCAGCAUGGUUUCUGUGUCUUCCACAAGCAAGUGAUUUUGUGCAGUACUUACUUUUUGGUUGCAUAUAUUUUUUUGGGAAUCAAGGUCACGGUCCUUUCUACCGGUGGCUUCCUCAAGAGUUUGCACACUUUGGUGAGCUCGGCGAAGUAUGGCUUCUUGUGCCAACCUUGCGUGUCGUUUUUCCUCAGUCUCCAGGUCUCGAUGUCCGAGUCCGCACCAAGUCACCCUCCCCCUUGUACUGGCGGCUUCCUCUGGAGUUUCCUGACAUUUGCUUGUCUGUCGAAGUACUGAAUCUCGGUCUAGAGUAUUCAGGAAGAAACCUCAACAAAGAAAUAAAACAAAGGUGCAAAGCUGAUAAACAAUACUAAUAUCACAUCAUGUAUAUGCAAAGAAAUUAAAAGCUACAAUCAAAACAACUAGCCAAGAGAUCUAUUUAGGAAAAUACUCCGGAGACUCUACACUCUACAGAAAAACUAUGUCUGUUCAUAGCACCCCUGUUUUAUUUGUUGAGUUGAAAAAUAAUGUAAAAUGUAAUUGUAAACAAAAACAAAUGAUUAGGUUGACAGUUGACGGUAUCAUGUCAUUUGCCAAAAUUAACUUUUGUGAUUGGGUUGAAAUUUUCAACAACAAUCCGGCAACACUGUUCGCAGUUUCUCUCCUCCCUUUCUACUACCUCUGUUCAAGAAUACAGCUUUUUAAAGUCGAGAGAAAUUAUGAAGUGGGGAGUAAAAUUUUCUCUCGAUUCAAGAAUAAGCGCACUGAAAGUAAGUUUAAAAUGGUGUUUUCUCCAAAAUAAUCUUUUGUGGCAUGUCAUGUCCCCUACUGGUCCCAAGGCCUUCAAUUGAGUAUUAGCUGUCAUAUAACUCGUAGUUGUCAGUUACUCUUCUCAGUAGUCAACACAGUCAAAUACAAAUCAGGUACUGUCGAGUUUAUUAUUUUCAGUCUCCAGCAAUUACUUCAGUAUUCCGUGUAGGUCACUAAUAUUUUUCACGUUAUCGUUUUUAACCUAACCUAUAAUUCGACUUAACAAGUUUAUUAUCUAGCAUUUUAAAAAGAACCAAUACCAAGUCUAGUGUAUAAAUAUCUUGAGAUUCUUCAUAUUGUUAACUACUUAAAAGAUCAAAUCUAUUGACUACGAAUAAACAUCAUACUGCCUAGUGCCAUCAAUAUGGAAAUCGUAUAAUUCCGUUAUGAUGGCGAAUUCUUACGUAGUACAAUAUUCUUGUGUCAUAAUUAUAUAUUUAUAACUAAGAAAACCUUCGAACGUUUUUAUUCUCAUGUAAUUUAUGUAUGAUACAUUGUUUUCAGCGCAAUAACGUAGGUAAAUUUGUUUAUUGUAUAACCUUUUAAUGUUAUCUAUUCUAAUAAUAGUUUUGUUCAUAUUUAAAGUGAACCAAUGUAGUCUAUCAUAGGAGCCAGGUAGGACUUUUAUGUCCACUCGGUACCUUCAUAUUUUUUUCUUUUUGGUGCGUAGACUCGAACUUUGGAGGGUACCAAGCUAAAAAUCCGUGAGAUAAUUUGUUAUUAACAAUUUAAUUGUUUAAGAGGUUGACUGCCAGCCUCUUUUUCCUUCAUUGCCAAAGAGUCAUUUGAGUACCAUAUAUGGUACUCAGCCCAGAAGAUAAACUCAAAUAUUGAGUACCAAAUUUUGUACUGGGUGUAACUUAAAAACAACAAAUAAAAAUUGUCAUGGUCUCAUGGAUCAACAAAAGACCUGCAGCGUAAAUGUCAAGUUAACUGUGUACCACAUUUGGUACUCAUGGCGGUUAACAUGUUAAAUGAUUGUAUCUCCUAAACUAUUAGAGAUAUUUAAUUUUACCAAAAUGAAAAUUAUUCCUUUUGAAAAAAUUAACAAAACGGCUUUUGUUAAUUUAAUUUAACGUUAUAACAAAUUUCGUAAAAAUAAUUGCACAAUAGUCAUUCGAUGGGGCUUUUCCAAAUAUAGCUCAGCUUUCGUACGUGCGAUUAACUUUCAAAACCCCCUCAUUUUAAAGGUAACUGUUUCAGCUUUAAAAAAGAAUGUGUGUACUUUGUAUGCACGUAAGAAGUUAUACUUCUAUUAUAUGAUUCCAACGAAAUUAAUAUACAGUAAAACCUGUCAAUAACGGUCACUAAAAAUGACAGAACUAUUGGCCGAUAUAAAAAGGUGGCCGCUAAUACCAGGUUUUGUAGUUCACAAAUUUUGGUUUGGGAACUUUGAAACUGGCCGGUUUUGACAGGUGGCCGUUAACACAGGUUUUACUGUAUGUACUUUAAACAGUUUAUUUCUAUUUUAUUUAAAUAUUAAACUAAUUUUAAUACUUACUACUUUCCAAACAUUUUUAUUAAAACAAUACCAAGAAUUAAAAAAAUAAAAGAAUAAAACGCACACAAACCCAUUGAAAAAUGCACCAAAGAAAUGAUUUCUGAACAAUAAUUUUUGGCAAAAAUUGUAACUAAAUACGCAUUUUCUGAAAAAAAUUAUAUAACAAAUAUAUUCACAAUCAUAAAAUGUAUAAAAAAAAUAAAAACUUGCAUUGGGCUUCGAACCCGCGUGCUUAGACAUAAAAUCCACUUACACACACCCGUCAUCCGUCUUGACCACUUACACAUACUUGUCAUGUGGGAAGGUAGGCUAACUGAACGUUUUACUGUUUGACAGUUCUGAAUUUAAUCAAAUUAGUUUGAUUUUUGUGUGUGUGUGUGUUCACAAAGGGAAUUAAAAUAUUAAAAUACAACAAAACAUAGAGUAAGAAAACAAUAGGUAUAUUAGAUGAAGAGUGGUAGAAAUUUUGUUGGUAAUCAAAUUAUGUAAAUCAAACCAUUACCUACUAUAAAUAGAUAGGUACAUACAUUUUCCAAAUAGGUAAGUACCUACCUAUGUAAUUUUUUAUUACAGUACUGAAACAUUUACAAUUAAGUACGUACCUGUUGCUUUUAAAAAGUUACUACAAUUAUAAACUUGCUUUUGUCUGUGUCCUCACAACAAUAAAAACUAAUAUACAAUAUUUGUUUAUCCAUAACCUCCAUAUUGAACAAUUAUUGUCAUGUCAUUUGAACACCCAAUCAGAGCAAAGGUAUAAUGCGUCUGCGCCGGGGAACAAGGUUUUUGAUGAAUUCGCGCAUAUUAAAUUUCACUCCCAUCGCGCCUAAAGCAGUAUAACUUCAAAAACUUUGCGAAAUUGUGUUAUCUUUAUUAUAAAAAAGUUAUAACAAUAAAAUUUCACUAAAAAGUUGGGAAUUACUUUGUUUAAGUAUAAGAGAUUUAAACAAAAUUAAGAUAUGUAUGUACUUUGAACAUCUGGCUAAUGGAAGUUAUAGAACAACUCAAAGCGAACGAUUUCAGUUUUGGUAAAUGUGUUUCUGUUAAUUUUUUGCCCACGUUCUGCGCCUCAGAGUUCGUUAUUAAAAAUUUCAUAUCGUGGUCAAAAAUUAACAUAGAAACAUUUUAAAAAAGCUUUAAAUGUUAGUUUUGAGUUGUUCAAUGACUUCGAUUAGCCAGAUUUUCAAAAUUUAUAUCUUAAUUUUGUUUAAAUCUCUUAUAAACAAAUGAAUACGCUUUUUACUUUUUACUAAAUUUUUUAGUGAAAUUUUUAAUACUAAUAAUUCUAUUAAUUUAGUAAAUAAUUAUUAUAACUUUUUAAUAAGAAUAGUAAUUAGAAUAAUUCUAAUAAUAACUGUUAUAACUUUUUAUUAAUAAAGAUAAAGUAAUGUUGCAAAACAUCGAUGUAAAAAACUUCUAAGUAGUAGGUAUAAUUUAAUUAAAAAACCAAAUGGAUUACAUAAAUUUGUUCAUACCGAACGUUUUCGGACUUAUCAGUCCAUCAUCAGUGAACUUAUGUACUUGCAAGAUAGCCCCAAAACCAAACAAUGGUUAUAUGUAUAAUUCACUUUACAUUCUUAAAUCGUAAAAUUAUAAAGGCUUGAAGCUGAUGUUAGGGAUACUUUCCGGGAACAUUACGAGACCCUACCCGAAAUCUCAAACAACUUCACGAAAUUUGUUAUAACUCUGGUUCUAACAAGCGGAUCAAAGUUUACCAAACGCCAGUUUGUUCAUGUUUCAAAAGGAACAAUUUUCAUUUUCGUAAAAUUUAAUAUUUCUAAUAGUUUAUGAGGUACAAUCGGUUACAAUUAAAUUUUUAAUAACAAAUUAUCUGAUGGAUUUUCAGCUUGGAACCCUCGAAAAAUUAAUACGCACCAAAAAAAAUGUCAAGGUACUGAGGGGUAUAAAAAACGCAUACUCAUCCCCUGCCCUGGCCCCUACUGUAAUACUAAUAGCAAAAUAUUCUGUUUUUAGAAUAAUUUCUGAUCUGUUUUUAGAAUAAUUUCCUUUUUAAUUUCGUUAACUUGUUUCUGUCCAACGCUUUUUCCUCGAGUUAAAUUUUCUACAUAAUUUUCACGUAAGAUAAGAAAGUGUUUGUUUUAAGUACCAUUAAAAUUGUUACAUACAAAAAAUGCGGUUUAGAACUACAUAUGUAAACAUCUGAUGCUGUUCGAUACUUGCGAUGGAACAAAUUUCGGUUCGAUGUCAGAAUCGUUUUUAUUGAAGCUAGUGAACUUUGAAAAAAAAUUGUUUCUUGUUACUUUACAAAUCUUAGAUUGCAUUUCUAUAAUAUUUCAAUUGAUGUCAGUAAUUUACUAUUGCUAAAUAUUUUAAAUAAAUGUUCAGUCCGAGAGUAUUUCCUUAAUUACUUGUUUUCAGUUUCAAGCCACGUUGUGGCGAUACAUUUUAUGUAUAAGUACAAACACAACCGAAUUUUUAUUCAUUUUUAUGUUCAACUUUGUUAUAAUUACAUUGUUGUAUUUAUAAACUGAAUAGGUCAAUUUUUACAUGUUCACUUUAAAAUUGAACUUUAAAAUGUGUGAUGAGUGCCUUUGUUAUGGAUAUUUUGAAAAUUAGGAAAAUAUUUUUACAAUUUUAGUUCUUUCGCCUAUUGCAAUGUAUGUACUUAUUAUUAGUCUCCAAAAGGCUUUGUGGAAAUGUAUGUAAAAUUGUUCCUUGUAUUAUAUAUUUAUAUUAUUAUAUUAUUGUCUUUAUUAUUAUUGUAUACUUAUUAUCAAAGCUAUUAUUUAUUAGUUGUACUGCUAGCGAUCAAAAGCUACUUGUAUUAAAAUUGUUAAAUCAGU